UUCACGCUCUCUCACCUUCCUCUCCUUCUCUCUCUCCACUCGCUGUUUCAACACGAAAACAGGGGGCUCUCUCCUUCUCUAUCUCUCUCUGGAUCUCGAAAUUAUUGUGGAUUACAGAAAUUACGAACCCUAAGAAGGCCUGGUUUUUGAAACAAAAACCAGGUCUUGCGUGAAUUUUGUUCAACAACAAUUUAGAUCCGAAAGUUUGAGUUUUUAAGCUCAUUCAGUUUAAUUUCUUCCCGACCCCCUUUGGUGUCUGAAUUUCAGAAUAUUUGUAAGAUUUCUCUCGCGAGGUCCUUUGAGCUCCGUCUUCGACAAUGAAUGACCUUUUAGCGGAUUCUUUUGAGAUCCCUCGGGGCCAACCUUCUAGAGGUGGAGAUAUUGAGAUGGGAACUAAUGCUCCAAUGAAUUCGGGAGAUCUAGGCUUGGAAGAUUUUUUCAAAAAGGUCCAAGAGAUUGAAAAGCAAAAUGAGAAGCUUGAUAAGCUACUUAAGAAGCUCCAGGAUGCUCAUGAGCAGUCAAAGGCUGUGACAAAGGCUCCUGCCAUGAAAGCUAUCAAACAGCGAAUGGAGAAAGAUGUUGAUGAAGUUGGGAAAGUUGCCCGUCUUAUUAAAACAAAAAUCGAGCAGCUUGACAAAGAGAAUUUGGCAAAUAGGCAGAAGCCUGGAUGUGGAAAAGGAACAGGGGUAGACCGCUCAAGAACGGCGACAACCAUUGCUUUAAAGAAGAAGUUCAAAGACAAGAUGACUGAAUCUCAGACUUUAAGGGAGAAUAUUCAUCAAGAGUACCGGGAGGUUGUUGAGAGGCGUGUUUUUACAGUGACGGGCACAAGAGCUGAUGAAGAGACAAUUGAUAGAUUGAUUGAGACUGGAGACAGCGAGCAAAUUUUCCAGAAAGCAAUUCAUGAGCAAGGACGAGGCCAGGUAGUGGACACUGUCGCAGAAAUUCAAGAGCGCCAUGUUGCUGUUAGAGAUUUGGAGAAAAAGCUUCUUGAGCUACAACAGAUUUUCAUGGACAUGGCUGUUUUGGUGGAUGCACAAGGAGACAUGCUUGACAAUAUAGAAUCACAGGUCUCGAGUGCCGUAGAUCAUGUGCAGUCAGGAAAUACCGCACUUCAAAAGGCAAAGUCGCUACAGAAGAGCUCCAGGAAAUGGAUGUGCAUCGCCAUUAUCAUCCUUCUCAUAAUCGUUGCAAUCAUCAUUGUGGCUGUGGUCAAGCCAUGGAAUAAGAACAACGGUGCUUAGCUGGCAUGCCAUCUGUACACUGUAUAAAUGUAAGAUACGCGUCGAGACACUGAUACUUCUUGAACUCAUCCGUCAAUCUCUGUUAAAUUGUUUACCUUGUGUUUGAAAUCAGCUUCAAUUUCUGUUUGUUUAACAUUUUUUCAAGGAAAUGAUAUGUUUAUUUCACUGACAAA